AUGUACUUGCGAAUUUUUAAAAAAACCACUCCUCUAUCAAAAUAUUUACAAGGGCAUGGAGUUAAUAUAAUUGCAGCUUAUCAAAUGGUGAAACAAACUUUGAAUGAUUUACAAGACUGUGCCCGCCAAUUGCAAUAUGAUCCUAUUACAGAUCCAUUACGGGCAUUUGAAAUCAAUGUUUAUAACCAAGUAUUUGAUACUGUUAUUGAAAGUAUUUCAUCAAGAUUUGAAAAACAUGAACAACUAUGUGCAGAUUUUUCUUGUCUUGACCCAAACAAUUUUCAACCAGAUUUACCACUUCCAACAAAUGCUUUAAUAAAAAUAUAUGAAAAAAUCAGAAAUUUUAUUCCGGACAUAACUUACGAUAAUCUUAGAAAUGAAUAUGUUAACUUUACAUCUAAAUGGAGAGAAUUGAAAAAAACCAUUGCUUGUGUGUAUGAUGAACUAAAUAAUCAAGUUACUGAUGAUGGCGAUGAUUCAGAAAAUGGACUCAAGAGUGAUGAUGAUAUUAUAGUAUGUGUGCAUAGUGCCAGUACCAAGUAUUGUGUAACCUGCUGUUAUGAAGUGUUGGUGAAAUAUAAUUUAUACGCAAAUACAUAUCGUGGCCUCCACUUUGCAUAUAAAUUUAUGCUUACUUUAUCCAUUACACAAGUAGAAUGUGAAAAUAUUCUCAACAAAAUUGAUUCCGAAGACAUCAUAAAUAAAUUAGGAGCUAGAAGCCCAGUAUUUGGUAGAAUGUUACUAUGUUAA